UUCAAGACGAUAGUCCUUCUUUAGUUGACGUGUGUUUUAUUUUGUAAAUAUAUGAAUUGGGUUUAAAUUAAAGUGAUUAUGGCUCAGUUUGGUGGAACCAAUGAUUUUUACGGCUCGGCGCCUUCGGCUGAUGCCAGUUACAAUUUCGACAUGCCAGAGUUUGGUCAAGAACUGAAUUUCCAAACAUUUGACAACACACAGGCCUCUGUUCCACCGAACUAUGAUGCGGCCUAUGCCCAAACCCCGUCUCAAGGACUUGGAGGAUUCUAUGAUCCCACGGCAUACACCGAUACAAGUUACGGACAAGACAAGAGUGGAAAGUCAGGUGUCGCCGGAGGAGCCGGCAACGAGUUUGAUGAUGAGCCGCCACUUUUGGAGGAACUGGGCAUCAAUCCGAAUCACAUUUUUCAAAAGACGCUAGCCGUGCUGAAUCCUUUGCGAGCCACCGACCAGCAAAUCCUGCAGGACACGGACAUGGCGGGUCCACUGGUCUUUUGCCUCACACUUGGCGGCUUCCUUUUACUGAGCGGUAAAGUCACGUUUUCCUACAUCUACGGAAUCGGCGUAAUGGGCUGCAUCUUCUUCUAUUGCCUGUUGUCCCUGAUGGUCAGCCGGUCGCAGGUGACCUUCGGAGCGGUGGCCUCGGUGCUUGGCUAUUGUCUGCUGCCCAUGGUGGUGCUGUCCGGCAUCAACGUUUUAAUCACCAUUCAGGGCACACUCGGCCUAAUUGUGAGCGGCAUCUCCAUAUUCUGGUGCGCCAUAUCGGCCUCGAAACUGUUCGCCACCGCCUUCUCCAUGGACCAUCAACAGCUGCUGAUUGCCUAUCCGUGUGCGGUGCUCUAUGGAGGAUUUGCGUUGAUUACCAUUUACUAGGGCCACGGGCGAGAGUCUGCUAUACCACCGCCCUCUUUUGUUGUGUUUGCCUGGUUUUAAUUGUCCUGCAAACACACACUCUUGCAGCACAAUAAAUACACUCACACACACUCUCACCCACACACAUACAAAUAGGCCGGGAGGAGAAGCAGCAAGAGGAGGAACCCAUCCCGGCCAACACAUGGAUAUGUAUAUUUUUAAGAAAAUAAGCGCCGAUUGCGAAUUUGUUUUCCAUAUUCUCGUUUUUUGGUGGCAAACCCAAGCUCCCCUUUACUCAAUACUUCUGUUGUGAGCCUAUGUAAUAAAUUUGAUUGGGAAUAAAAAAAUGGUUAACAAAUUGAAA